GAUAAAUUUUUAUAUUCAAAACCACAGGCUCUGAAAGAAUGUCUGCAGUUCAUCGCAAUUGGCUACUUUCGACGAGAGUGUUUCAUCAAGAGGAGCCAAAUGAGGAAAAUCAGGAAGAAAAAACGAAAACUGGAGGAAAACGUGCAGAUUAGAGGUGAAACUGCUGGAAUGCUGCGUUGAGUUGGUACACAUGAACCUGAGUGGUAAUGUUGGUAACACGCCAUCCAAUGCUGCUAGCAUCGCUUCGCUCGCCGGUAUGACGUUCGGCAAACAGUGUUGCUCCGUGAAGUUUGUAUCCGGAAGCCCCCUGGGAAAUGUACCUUGUUACACAGUUACCGCGCAAUAGUUGUUCUUGUUCGGAAUUCUCGCAUCUUGUGUACUGUAUCUAGUCAUUUGUGGUCUCUCUCUAGUCCCUUCUCUGCAACACUCCUGAAAAUUUCUUGAAAAUUACAAUACAGGUAGUUAGAAUACAAUAUUAUAAAAAAUAUAAUACAAUUAUCCAGUGAUAUUGAUAUAGAAAAACAAUCUAGUGAUUUGUGACAGUGAAUUUUGAUGUAAAUAAAAUAAUACAUUUGUGUAGUGUGUAAUCGGUUCGAACAAGAAUUUUCAACCUCGUGAUCGUGUCUUCAGUUCGAGAUCAACCUCUAGGAAGAAUAUUCUGGAAGUCUUCAGAGAUCCUGAACACCUUCUACUAGAUCGUCUUCUGGUUAUCGUUGAAGUAAGAGACUACACAAUAGUGAAGAUUUAGAGUGAUACCCCACGUCAUCAAUUUUAUCAUCGAAUAAUUAUUAGGGAUCUUCUAAAAUAAACUAUAAUGACUCUAGCUGUGAUAAAUAAUCUGAAUGUGAAUUUAUGACGCUACUAUGAAAGUGUCAGGACAGUCUGAAGUGAUCUAUUGUCAAUUAUAAGAUCUUCUAUAAUAAGAAAAACUAUUUUAUGAUAGGGAAAAGAACUUUGAUCGUAGUGUGAUUGAUGAGAACUCUCGACAAAGAUUUGAUAUAAACAUAACUUCCCCAAAUUAAAUAAAAUUAACUCAUUCAUCGGUUGUGUGGUUUUGAAUGAUUUCACUAUUGUCCUGGAACGAUUUCAAUUAUUCUUAUUGAGUGACAUCUUUAAGAUUAUCUUCAAGGACAUUAAGAUAUAUCUUGAGCUAUGAACAUUAAUCCAGAGUUAUACCUAUUGACCUUGAAUCAUCAUUAUUGACAUUUAAAGACAUUCAUUGACCUUGUGUGACAUUCAGUAGCCUUGAGAUACAACUGUUGACCCUGUUGACAAUAAUAAUAUUCAGUUAUACACAUUGACCUGAAAUCACUACUAUUGACCUUAAGAUAUCUAUCGACAUUGAGAGACAUUAACCGAUCUUCAAAGACAAUUAUUGACCUCCAGAAACAUUCAGUGACCUUGAGAGAUAUUCAUUAAUCUUGAAAGACACAUAUUGACCUCUAGAGACACUAACCGACCUUGAAAGACAUUUAUUGAUCUUGAGAGACGUUUAUUGAUCUUGAGAAACAUUAGUUAACCUUGACAGACAUCUACAAACCUAGAGUGACGAUCUUUGACCUUGAGAUAUCCCUAUUGUCGUCGACCUACUAGUACUGACCUUGAGUUUGGUGUGACCUUGACGUUGUGAGUGGCCAUCAUUGGAUGGUAAUGGAGUGGUGACCUUGACCGGAAUGUCGCAGAACUUCAGAUACUCGGCACGGCGCUGCGUGGUUGAUGCCCCCUCUCCCUCGGCCGCCCUCGGCGACGACUCGGACCUCGUAGCCGCUCUGUCCGACCUCGAGGAUGACGAUGAGGACGAGGAGGAGGAGGAGGACGAUGACGAGGAGGAGGCCGAAGAGGAAGAGGAUGAGGAUCUCGACGAGGAGGAAGGAGAGGAUGACGACCUGCCCUAUCCGGGGUUCGUGGCCAUCUCUCUCAAGUACCUCGAUCAGAAGUCCAAACCUCGCAACUGGUGCCUCGCCAUGAUAACUAGUCCAUGGUUUGAACGUGUUAGCAUGCUGGUGAUCCUACUGAACUGUGUUACCCUCGGAAUGUAUCAACCCUGUGUAGAUGAUCAGUGCCUAUCCAAUCGGUGUAAAAUAUUACAGAUGUUCGACGACUUUAUUUUUGUCUUCUUCGCUCUAGAAAUGUCAGUGAAAAUGAUUGCAAUGGGUGUUUAUGGCCGAGGCACGUAUUUGGCCGACUCCUGGAAUAGAUUAGAUUUCUUCAUAGUUGUCGCUGGUGCUCUAGAAUAUUGUUUGAACAUAGAAAACAUGAAUCUUACUGCAAUAAGAACAAUAAGGGUGCUGCGUCCUCUCCGUGCUAUAAACAGGAUACCAAGUAUGAGGAUCCUUGUGAUGCUUCUUCUAGACACUCUGCCGAUGUUGGGAAACGUCCUGCUGUUGUGCUUCUUCGUCUUCUUCAUCUUUGGGAUCGUGGGCGUACAGCUGUGGGAAGGCAUCCUCAGGCAACGAUGCUUCCUCAAGCCCAUCCCCAACGUCACCUAUCCGAAGGAAAUACAGGAGGAGUUCGUGAUUCGAGCUAGAGUGACAGAACCGCUGGCCGCCUAUUACCAGUACCAGGAGCAAGACCGCGACUACAUCUGCUCAAAACCGGAAGACAACGGCAUGCACACGUGUGGCGAGCUUCCUCCCUAUAAGCACGGCGAUCUGGUGUGCAACAAUUCGGCACUGCCCUGGAGCAACAACAUCCCCAACGACACGCACUGUGUCAACUGGAACCAAUACUACACCGAGUGCAAACCACAGGGACAUAACCCGUUCCAGGGCACCAUAUCGUUCGAUAACAUCGGUCUCGCUUGGGUCGCUAUAUUCCUUGUUAUUAGUUUGGAAGGAUGGAGCGACAUUAUGUACUACGUUCAAGAUGCCCAUUCGUUUUGGGACUGGAUCUAUUUUGUACUUCUAAUUGUGAUUGGAUCAUUCUUCAUGAUCAACCUGUGCCUGGUAGUUAUUGCGACACAAUUUUCGGAGACGAAAAAACGCGAAAUGGAGAGAAUGCGACUGGAAAGAGCUCGCUUCCAGUCGACUAGCACACUUGCUUCUUCUACUAACAACUCGGAACCCACUACUUGUUACGCCGAAAUAGUCAAGUAUGUAGCUCACCUAUGGAGAAGGGGUAAGAGAAGAUUGGCGAAAAAAUGGCGGCUCUUCAAGUACAGGAGACAACAGAAGAAGGAGUUGAAAAAUUCUAAUAAAGACGGAGGAACCAGUGAAGGGGUGAACAAUAACGGCAAUGGAGGGAAUCUGGAGGCCAACGUGAACUUGGGAAGUAGUCUGCUGCUCCAUGCAUUCCAACAAGAUGAUGAAGAAGGAAAAAAGCAGGGGAACGACAGUUUGGCGAAUAGUCCGCUGGGAACUCCGUGCACCCCCAGGUGCAUUGUGGGGUCGGACAAUGAGGAGCCAAUGGCAGACGAGAGUCCCGCCAGUCCGAAGCGCUCGGCCCUGCUCAGGGUUCCUUCCUUCAACAACGGCAUCCAUCGCGAUCCAAUGGAUAUGAGUGGUUCACAACUUCUCAGUCCGCCAGGUACAAAUGCAAUGUCGCGCCGACGUAGCAGCGUAAUGUUUAGCGAUGUUGUUCUGUUGCACGGCGCGGCGGGCUGUCAACAGCAAACGCGCAACAUCUGCUCCUCGGAGAAGAUGACGCAGGCCGGCGAUGGCACCAUCUGGCCCACGGAUGCCGGGCCGGAUGCUGGCACGGACGCGUCACUGCUGUCUGGUGCUGCUUCUCAUCAGGCGGCCACAGUAGCGGCCGGUGAAGCGAUGACCUGCCAGGAGCUGCUGGCCCUGAGUGGAGCUCUCAGUGCAGCCCUACCCACUGGGCAGCUCGCCCUCGACUCUCUCUUCUCCUCUCUCAGCAAGGGUGUGCUUGGAGCCCAUCUCUCUCACUCGCACUACCAGGAUACCAGGGCGCAGAUGGAGCAGAUCCAACAAGAAUGGGCGGCCGAGAAGUCUGGAUGCGGCGUGAGAUGUGGCUCCGGAUGUUGUGCGACAUGUCUGUGCGGCAUAAGGAACUGCAUCAAGGCGCUGGUCGAACACAAGUACUUCCAACAGGGCAUCCUGCUCGCCAUACUCAUCAAUACGUUCAGCAUGGGUAUUGAGUACCACAAUCAGCCAGAAGAGCUAACUGUUAUCGUGGAAAUAAGCAAUAUUGUUUUUUCUGCCAUUUUUGCCUUUGAGAUGUUGCUCAAAAUCAUUGCUGAGGGCCCUUUUGGCUACAUUAGCAAUGGAUUCAAUGUGUUUGAUGGAAUUAUUGUUGUUCUCAGUGUUAUUGAACUGAUUCAAGAGUACCUCGGUGAAGGUGGAGGGGAGGGUAGCUCAGGCCUAAGUGUGCUGAGGACAUUCCGUCUUCUGCGCAUACUCAAACUGGUUCGAUUCAUGCCGAAUCUCAGACGUCAACUGGUCGUUAUGUUGCGAACCAUGGACAAUGUGGCAGUUUUCUUCUCAUUACUCAUACUAUUUAUCUUCAUAUUCAGUAUACUAGGGAUGUACCUGUUCGGUGGUAAGUUUUGCAUGCUCUCAGACGGGACGCGUGAGUGCAACUGCGUCGAGAUUGUCACUAAGCAUCCGCAGUGUGUCUGUGAUCGCAAGCACUUUAACAACGUGCUCUGGGCCACUGUCACCGUCUUCCAGAUCUUGACCCAAGAAGACUGGAAUGUAGUAUUGUUCAAUGGUAUGGAAAAGACCAGUCAUUGGGCAGCUCUAUACUUUGUUGCUCUCAUGACUUUUGGCAACUAUGUCCUAUUCAACUUGUUAGUUGCCAUCCUUGUCGAAGGAUUUUCUUCUGAGAGAAAUGAAAGGAGAGAAAGAGAGGCACGAGAGCUUGCAAGACAGCAGGAGCAAAUGAGAAGGAAGUGUUCAGAAUGUAUUUGCAGUGCUGAAUUUUCGUCAUCUUGCUCAAACUCUGAAAGUGAUAGCUUUGCUCAGGAUUUAAAAAACGAAUGGAGCGAUACAGAAGGAAUUAGGAAAAUGAAGAAGGAUAACGGUCACCGUGAGAAAGAGAACUCUUGGAAAAGGAGGCAGAGGAUGAACAGAGCGGAGUGUGAAGUGAAAUGCAACAUCCAGAAAGAAAGCCAGAUGCUAGGCAUGCAUCAACAGCAGCCACAACAGCUGUCGGUGCCUGUUGUGAUCUCGCAGCAGCCGGGGGCGGCAGUUGGUGGCGGGGGCGGUCAGGUGGCAGCAGUUGGUGGCGGGGGUGCUCAGGGGACGGCACCCAUUAUCACGCACACAGCGGCAACACCGCAAGACUCACCUAGCACCACCGCAAACCGCCACCAUGACCGCGAGUUCAACAACCGCAUGAUCAUGCCUCUCUGCUCCAGCACACUGUCUAUAGACUCUAUCGACUGUUCUAUGUCGUCGCAGGGAAGCAUACCAGGACUCCUGAGGCCGCCACAGAUGACAGUGAACAACCUGAGCUCGCCCAACUCUCAGCCCAACUACACCCUAGGCGUUGGACCCGGCCCGGGGCGUCGGAUCAGUCUGACGGCCCAGGCGUCCAACAACGGCCAAUCGACAAUCAAGCGGGAUUCCAAUCCGAAUGUGCCAUGCAGGUUUCCCAGAGGCUCUUGGAAGCUGUCUCGUCCGUCGAGGAGGAAAUCGCGGACCCCCUCCGAGCCCGAUGAAGACCAGGACAUUGUUCUCAACAAUAAUAACAACAAUCAUUUGCUCACAAGUCCAAUGCACCUUUCCGAUCACUCGCACUGUAAUGGCGGAUUGUUGGGUACGAUUCGCAAUCCUCUAGACCGACCUUCUCAGCAGAACAACCGGCUCUGUCCCCAGAGCAGAACGGCGUUGUCUCAGGGAAAUUGCCCUAUGCCACAGGUUGCGUGGGUAGGUGGAGGCGGCGGAGGCGGUGGAGGGACAAGCAGCGGAGGCGGCAGUUCUCUCUCACGACAGAACUCCAUGGGCGGAGUUAGCACAUGUAGCAGCCUAGGCCACAACCAGCAACAGGCGCUAAUUCCACCCAGUAGUCAACCACCGCCCCUCAUAGUCAAGCAACAGGCGCUCAUCCCGCCUAACAGUCAACCGCCGCCUCUCAUAGUCAAACAGCAGCCGGUUGCCGCCCCCGGCAUACCACCGCCCCCAAGGGUGCUGCCUUCGCGUCGCGACUCGGCGCUCGUUGUCAAUAUGGACAAUCUCAGUAAACCGGUGAAUAAAUUAUCGGAUGGAGCUGCCCCGCACUCUCCCCUGCCGAAGGUGAAACGAAUCAAGCCGGAUCUGAGCGAGCGACGCGAGUCCUGCAUCGUCCACCAGUCGAUCCAGGAGUCCGAACACAAUUCACCCGAGCCGCCGCAGAAGAUCUUUCUGUUCUUCGAGCCGAAGGGUGUUCUCAAAGAGCGCGAUGAUUUCUCCUUGUACCUGUUUCCUAUUGAUAGUCCGUUUAGAUUAGCGUGCGAGAAAUUCGUGACACAGAAGUGGUUCGAUAACGCAGUAUUAUUAUUCAUAGGAUUAAAUUGCAUAACAUUGGCCAUGGAGAGGCCGAACAUUCCCCCCGAUAGUAGAGAGCGUCUUUUUUUAGCCACCGCCAAUUAUAUAUUCACUGUUGUAUUUGCCGCCGAAAUGUUCGUUAAGGUUGUUGCAGCUGGUAUGUUUUAUGGUAAAGAAGCGUACUUUACCUCAGGCUGGAACAUAAUGGAUGGAUCUCUAGUCAUUAUAUCAAUUAUCGAUCUACUUAUGUCUCUUGUUUCCUCAAAUAGUCCUAGGAUUUUCGGAAUACUCAGGGUUUUCAGGUUAUUAAGGUCUUUAAGACCUCUGCGAGUGAUAAACAGGGCACCAGGCCUAAAACUGGUCGUUCAAACCUUACUGUCUUCUCUCCGUCCUAUUGGUAACAUUGUUCUCAUCUGUUGUACGUUCUUCAUCAUAUUUGGCAUUCUAGGAGUACAGCUCUUCAAAGGAACGUUCUUCUACUGUGAAGGUCCAAAUAUAAAGAAUGUCCGUAACAGAACUGAUUGUUUGGCGGAUAGAAGGAACGUGUGGAUCAAUCGCAAAUACAAUUUCGAUGAUUUGGGGAAAGCGUUGAUGUCACUUUUUGUACUUUCGUCACGUGAUGGCUGGGUCAACAUCAUGUAUACAGGGCUGGACGCUGUCGGUGUUGAUCAACAGCCAAUUGAAAACUAUUCGGAAUGGAGGCUGUUGUACUUCAUCUCUUUUAUCCUGCUGGUCGGGUUCUUUGUGUUGAACAUGUUCGUCGGAGUAGUUGUUGAGAAUUUUCAUAGAUGUAGAGAAGAACAAGAGAAGGAGGAGCGUGUGAGGAGGAUGGCGAAAAGAGCGAAACAAAUGGAGAAGAAACGGAGAAAAAUGCACGAGCCUCCCUAUUAUACGAAUUACUGCAAAUCUCGUCUAUUUGUACAUAACGUUGUUACGUCGAAAUAUUUUGAUCUAGCGAUAGCGGCCGUUAUUGGGCUCAAUGUGAUAACAAUGGCACUCGAAUUUUAUAUGAUGCCGAAAGCUUUGACGUAUGCGCUAAAAAUAUUUAACUAUUUUUUCACGGCAGUAUUUAUUUUAGAAUCAAUAAUGAAACUUGUUGCACUUGGCAUUCAUCUUUAUUUGAAAGACAGGUGGAACCUUCUAGAUAUAUGCAUUGUGAUACUAUCGAUAGUGGGCAUCGCCUUGGAAGAGGUCGAGUCCAAAAUAAUUCCAAUCAAUCCGACAAUCAUUAGAGUCAUGAGAGUUCUGAGAAUAGCCAGAGUUCUUAAACUUUUAAAAAUGGCCAAGGGUAUUCGAGCACUCUUGGAUACAGUGAUGCAGGCAUUGCCGCAAGUUGGCAACCUUGGUCUGCUUUUCUUUCUACUUUUCUUCAUUUUCGCUGCACUCGGGGUAGAAUUAUUCGGUAGAUUAGAGUGCAGCGAAGAGCAGCCUUGCCAGGGCUUGGGUGAGCAUGCGCACUUCUCCAACUUUGGCAUGGCCUUCCUGACUCUGUUCCGCGUGGCGACGGGCGACAACUGGAACGGAAUCAUGAAGGAUACGCUGCGUGACGACUGCGACGAUCAGGCUGAUUGUGUGCGUAACUGCUGCGUGCACGCCGGCAUCGCGCCCAUCUUUUUCGUCAUUUUUGUGCUGAUGGCGCAGUUUGUUCUGGUCAAUGUUGUGGUAGCCGUGCUCAUGAAGCACCUGGAGGAGUCGCACAAACAGGUAGAGAUGGAGGAUGAGCUCGACAUGGAAGUGGAAUUGGAACGAGAAAUGGCCGCUGAAGAAGAGGAAGAGUUCUGCAUUCAAAUGGCUCUCGAACAGGAUGCCAUUCACAGGCCUCUGGCUAAAGUUCUCUCGCUGCCUGCCAACUUCACAUUUUCAAAUACGUCUGAGUUGAGUCCCAAAGCCAAAAAGCGGCGAGCGUCGAUCAACUCGUGGAGUCGCGCGAGGGAGGAGGCUUUCGCCAAGAACAACAAACGACGGCAGACGCUGCAGGGACCGGCGCUCAUUCCCCCCGCCUACCCCGCCACGGGGUACACCACCGUCUAUACCACGGCUCAUGACAAGGACAAUAUUGCAUCUAACAACAGGCACCACUCAUUCGGCGACAAGCGUCACAUGCCAGUUCGCCGUGUCUCGAGUGACGGCAACCGUGACCCACUGGUGGCACACAGAGCGUCCCUGCUGGCUGUGCCCGGUCUACAUCCGACGUCCGGCGUCGGGUCCGACGUCGGAUCGUGUAGGCAGCUGGACCUGUCUCUGACGUCACCCGCCGACACGACAGCAGCCGCAAUGUCUGACGACAUUUCGCCAGAAUGCGUGUCGCCUGCCGUGCUGCUUGUACCACCGCCCUAUCCCGAAGCUUCCGAUGAGGUAAGCAGCACAUCGAAGAGCGACCAGGGCAUCCAGAUCACAGUGGUAGAAGACACCACGGAAGACGACAAACAGCCGCAAUCGCAGCCGCAGCCGCAGACGGCCGACAGCCGCAGCGGCCAACGGGUGCGCAUACGACUGUGCGACACACGACUCGACUCGGGUAUAGGCGACGACAAACACAGUCAAGAGUCGCAGCCCAGUUCGAGCGGUGCUUGCGACGAGCAUGGCCUAGCCGACGACAAGCACAGUCACCCCUGUCACGUGCCUCCUUGUGACGUCAUCCCCCCCAUAGACAGUCAUCAGGUCGUAGUUCAGGUGCAGCAUUCGGCCGCUGAUAUGUCCUAGUAGUCAAUGAAUAAUUAGCUUAGUUCUGACUCAACUCAUCGUGAUCAACUAACUACAUAGUUCAGACGGACAAACUCAAGAUAGAUAUAUAGAUACAACUCAAGUUAUAACUGUUUUAGAAUUUGAGGUGUAUUGUCCUGGGGUCAGUUUCACCAUAGAUAGAAGAUGGCAUAAGAUAUCAAAAUAUUUCAUUAUAUUUAAUUUAUUCAUUUAUAACAAUGAAUUUAAAUGAAAUAUAGCUAUAUUUUCUCUAAGGUUCUACUUCAAACGGUUGGCAUUGCUUGAAUGAUGGGAAGCAUUGAUAUUUUUAUUUUAAUGGAACAUUUAUAGUUCAAAGUAAAGAUUCAUAUGUCAACUUCUGCUUUAUUUCCAAAUAGGUUUUGUGAAACUUCAAUGUG